AUUUUAUUAAAUAAAAUGUUUAUUCAUGUUUUUAUGUCAUUUUGUUUGUUAUCGAACGCUUUUGCUGACACUAGCGGCGUGGAAAGUACAACGACUUCAGGGUGCGGUGAUGUUGGGGAUUGUAUAGAUACUCAGAAGUGCGAAGAUAAAUGUGGUUGUGAUAGUUCAGCUGCGGUAUUAUUUUACAAUGAAACUCUAGGUGAAUGUGUUGUGAACGUGAAAGAACUCUUACGUUCAUUAACGAAAAAAUAUAAUAAUGAAGAAAAAAUUGAAAAAGAAGUUCAUAAAGUUUUUCAAGGGAUAUUGUUUGCUGCGAUAUUAUUUGCUUCUUGUGCUGCGUUGUGUGUAUUUUCAGCUUGUAUUUACUGUUGCAGAAUCAACUACAUGGACACUCGUUUAAAAAACGAUGUUGAUGCAUUGGCGCUUAAAAUGAAACGAGAUUUCCGGUUGAAAAGGUGCUCUACUAAAAAACCAAGAGAUCCUGCGUCAGAGAGUUGUAAUAUUAUUGUAGAGGGUGCAGGUGUUUAUGUUGUAUGAUUUUAUUUAAAAAAUUAAUGAAUGUUUCGGUAACUCAAUUGUAUAUUUUAAUUUUAACAUUCGCAUAUUUAACUAUCGUACACUUGUAUAGUCAAUAUUAUAGUUUCAUAAAAAAAAAAAAUGAAAUCGAAAAGUUAAUGAAAUUAAAGUAAGUAUGACUUGGUCAAAUAUCCUUCGUUUUUGUAUUUAAAGAAACGGAUAUGACUGAGUGAGUACCUAACAUCUAAAAUCUCUGAUAUCCAUAGUGUAUACACUAAGUACAGUUAACAUUUUAAUAUAGGUAUCUUUCGUUUAUAAACACAUCUUAAUUUUUAUGUUGGUAUAACAAUAAACAUAUUAUGGUAUUUUAAAAA